AUGGCUGUCAACAACACCCCGAUCUAUGUCUUCGUUCCGGGUGCAUGGCACACUCCCGACACCUUCGAUGGCAUCCGCGCUCUCCUGAGCAAGCGCGGACAUGAUUCCGAAGCUAUCUCGGUUCCUUCUGUUGGCACGGCCGAGCCGAAAAAGUCUGGUCUCCACGCUGAUAUCGCCCAUACCAACGGUGUUAUUCGGGCAUUGGCUGAGCAGGGACGUCAGAUUGUCGUGGUGAUGCACUCGUAUGGUGGCAUGGUGGGCGCAGGCGCCGUCGAAGGUCUUGGGUACGCCCAAAGAUCCAAGUCUGGUCAACCCGGUGGUGUGAUUAUGGCGGUAUGGCUGGCUGCUUUUGUGACGCCGAAGGGGAGGUCGGUGAUUGAUAUGCUGGGAGGAAAUUGGCUUCCAUGGAUGCUGCUCAGCGACCCUGAUGACGGCUACUGUCGCUCCUCGCAACAAGAAACCGUCUUCUAUCACGACAUGACUGCCGAGGCCCAAGCAGCCGCCAUCUCCAAGCUGAAGCCACAUGCCAAGCCCUCCUUCCUGGAACCGGCUACCUUUGAGCCCUGGCACGAGAUGCCAUCUAUGUACCUCUUCUGCGACAAGGAUGCUGCCCUGCCGCUAUUUGUGCAGGAGGGCUUUGCCCAGACAUUGGGUAACCCGGUGACUUUCCACGUUGAUGCGUCGCACUCGAGUUUCUUGAGUAAGCCCGAGGAGACGGCGGACGGGCUGGAGCUUGCGUUGAAGGAGGGUUUUGAGCAGAGUGGGAUUAAUUAA